GUGCUGCUGGAGAGAAUGACAGGGGGGAUAUUUGAGUCCAUUGAAAGUGGCCCAUCAGGUGCUGAGGAACUAGCCUUUAAAUUUGCUUUAAACACAAUCAACAGGAACAGAACCCUACUGCCAAACACCACACUCACCUACGACAUCCAAAGGAUAAACAUCUAUGACAGCUUUGAAGCCUCCAGGAAAGCAUGUGACCAGCUUUCCCUGGGGGUGGCAGCCAUCUUUGGUCCCUCUCACAGUUCUUCAGCUAAUGCAGUCCAGUCCAUUUGCAAUGCACUGGGGGUGCCACAUAUCCAGACCAAGUGGAAGCACCAGGUGUCCGACAACAGAGACGUCUUCUACGUUAGCCUCUAUCCAGACUUCUCCUCCCUCAGCCAAGCGAUUCUGGACCUGGUCCACUUCUUCAAGUGGAAGACAGUCACUGUAGUUUAUGAUGACAGCACUGGUCUGAUUCGGCUGCAAGAGCUUAUAAAGGCACCAUCCCGGUACAACAUCCGUUUAAAGAUCCGGCAGCUGCCUGCAGAGACCAAGGAUGCCAAGCCACUUCUAAAGGAGAUGAAGAGGGGGAAGGAGUUCCACAUCAUCUUUGACUGUGGCCAUGAAAUGGCUGCUGGAAUCCUGAAGCAGGCUCUUGCUAUGGGGAUGAUGACAGAAUAUUAUCACUACAUCUUCACUACACUGGAUCUGUUUGCACUGGAUGUGGAGCCUUACCGAUACAGUGGUGUGAACAUGACAGGCUUCAGGAUCCUCAACACUGAGAACAGCCAAGUGGCCUCCAUCAUAGAAAAAUGGUCCAUGGAGCGACUGCAGGCUCCACCCAAACCUGACUCUGGUCUACUGGACGGCUUCAUGACCACGGACGCUGCACUGAUGUACGAUGCCGUGCACGUGGUGGCCGUGGCUGUGCAGCAGUCUCAGCAGAUCACUGUCAGCUCAUUACAGUGCAACCGACACAAGCCCUGGCGCUUCGGGAACCGCUUCAUGGCCCUCAUCAAAGAGGCCCACUGGGAUGGCCUUACCGGGAGAAUCACAUUCAACCGCACCAAUGGCUUGAGGACAGACUUUGACCUUGACGUCAUCAGCCUGAAGGAGGAGGGCCUUGAGAAGAUUGGUACCUGGGAUCCUCCAAGUGGCCUGAACAUGACAGAAAACCAGAAGGGGAAGACAACAAAUGUCUCUGAUUCCUUGUCCAAUCGAUCCCUGAUCAUCUCCACCAUACUG